GAAAGUGAGAGAGCGCGAGGGACAAUGGGAAAGUGAGAGAGAGGGAGCGGAGCGCCCUGCCGGGAGCAAAGUCACGUUCCGCCCAUGUGGACGACAGCGAUCGCAGGCUUUGGGACCCAGCAGAAGAGGCGCUCGUGCGGGCUUUGGUCUCUCUACUCGCUGGAGAGUGGGGGGGGCAGUGAGUGGGGGGAGAGAGAGAGAGAAACAGUGUGAGAGAGAGAGAGAGAGAGAGAGAGAGAGAGAGAAGGGAAGGUGUCUCGCGCUGCAGCCUCCAGGCUCCCUUGUGCUCCUCGCUCGUCGCGCGCUGACACGGGGAAGUCCGGCGUCCGCAUCGCGAUGGGCACCAGAACGGGACAGCAGGUGUUCCUGAGAGCCGAAGAUCCGCUGUCGCACUCGGACGCCUUUCAGGAUGCUUUGCUGCGCCUCGCCUCCGUUACUGAAACCAGGAGUUUACGGAAUGUCGUUAAGGAGGUGCUGGAGACAGUUCUUCCCAAAGUCGAGAAUGUGUUCGUGUACCUGCUGGAGCCUCAGAGCGGCCACCUGCUGUGCGACGACCCGCCUCACGAGUUGCCAGCCGAGGGGAAGCUCAGGGAGGUGCUGACCCAGAAGAAGAGGGUUCAGUGCGGUGGACUGGCCCUCUCGGAACUGCACGAGAGCCAGAGGAACAGCCUGGCCGCCCCCCUGCCGCCGGAGAGGAGGGUGCUGAUCAUCCCUCUCGUGGACCGGGACCAGGCACUUGUGAUUGCGCUCAUCUUGGUCUCCUGUAAGCAGCUGAGCGAAGUGGAGGAGCAGCACCUCGGCAUCCUGGAGAAGCAUGUCGCCGUGGCUUGUAAACGAGUGCAGGCGUCUGCACAGCGGCCCCAGGGGAGCCUGUCGCCCAACCCUUCCCACAAUUCCCUGGCAAAACCAGAGAGCGCACGGACGGGCGAGACAUACAGCGAACUGGACCGCAAGAUCCUGCAGCUGUGCGGUGAACUCUACGACCUGGACGCCGCCUCCCUCCAGCUCAAAGUCAUCAAUUAUCUACAACAGGAGACCCAGUCGCUCUGCUGCUGUCUGCUGCUGGUGUCUGAGGACAACCACCAGCUCUUCUGCCAGGUGGUCGGUGACAAGGUUCUGGAAGAAGAAAUCAGCUUUUCUCUGACCUUCGGCCGCUUUGGGGAAGUAGUAGAGAAGAAGAAGUCCAUCACUCUGCAGAAUGUGAGCCCGGAGGAGCAUCGGCAGCUGAACAGCCUGCUGGGGUUCGAGGCGCAGUCCAUGCUCUGCGUCCCCGUCGUCAGCCGUGCCACCUCCCAGGUGGUCGCUCUGGCGUGCGCCUUUAACAAGAUGGGCGGUCAGAAGUACACGGAGGCCGACGAACACAAGAUACAGCACUGCUUCUGCUACACGUCGACCGUGCUGACCAGCACUCUAGCCUUCCAGAAGGAGCAGAAGCUCAAGUUUGAGUGCCAGGCCUUGCUCCAGGUGGCCAAAAACCUCUUCACACAUUUGGACGAUGUUUCGGUGCUGCUGCAGGAAAUCAUCAUUGAAGCCAGAAACCUGAGCAACGCGGAGAUAUGUUCGGUGUUCCUGCUGGACACGGUGAGCCACGAGUUGGUGGCCAAGGUGUUCGACGGCGGAGUGGUGAACGACGAUGAGAAGGAGUUCCGCAUCCCGGCAGAUCAGGGCAUCGCGGGCCACGUGGCCACCACGGGCAAGAUCCUCAACAUCAAGGACGCCUACUCGCACCCGCUCUUCUAUAGGGGCGUGGACGACAGCACGGGCUUCCGCACGCGCAACAUCCUCUGCUUCCCCAUCAAGGACGAAAAUAACGAGGUAAUCGGAGUGGCCGAACUGGUCAAUAAAACCAAUGGGCCGUGGUUCAACAGGUUCGAUGAGGACUUGGCCACCGCUUUCUCCAUAUACUGUGGCAUCAGCAUCGCUCAUUCUCUGCUGUACAAGAAGGUCCAUGAAGCCCAGUUCAGGAGUCACCUGGCCAACGAGAUGAUGAUGUACCACAUGAAGGUAUCUGAUGAGGAAGUCAGCAAGUUGCUGGCGAGCGGGAUCGAACCCGUGCGCAAGAUUCACCCGAGCUUCGCGGAGUUCACGUACACCCCGCGGUCUUUGCCGGAUGAGAGCACGCCGAUGGGAAUUCUCAGCAUGUUUGAGGACAUGGGCUUCACCAACACCUACAAGAUCAACCUGCAAACUCUGGCCAGGUUCUGUCUGAUGGUGAAGAAGGGCUACCGGGACCCUCCAUACCACAACUGGAUGCACGCCUUCUCCGUGUCCCACUUCUGCUAUCUCCUCUACAAGAACCUGGAGCUCUCCAACUACCUCGAGGACAUUGAGAUCUUCGCUCUCUUUGUGUCCUGCAUGUGCCAUGACCUGGACCAUAGAGGGACUAACAACUCCUUCCAGGUGGCAUCGAAAUCAGUGCUGGCCGCCCUGUACAGCUCCGAGGGCUCUGUCAUGGAGAGGCACCACUUUGCGCAGGCGAUAGCUAUUCUCAACACCCAUGGCUGCAACAUCUUUGACAAGUUCUCCAGAAAGGACUACCAGAGAAUGCUGGACCUGAUGAGAGACAUCAUCCUGGCAACCGACUUGGCCCAUCACCUGCGCAUCUUCAAAGACCUGCAGAAGAUGGCAGAUGCCGGAUACGACCCCAGGAACCGCAACCACCACAGCCUGCUGCUGUGCCUCCUCAUGACCUCCUGCGAUCUGUCAGACCAGACCAAAGGCUGGAAGACCACCAGAAAGAUUGCGGAGCUCAUCUACAAGGAGUUUUUCUCCCAGGGAGACUUGGAGAAGGCCAUGGGGAACCGCCCCAGUGAAAUGAUGGACAGAGAGAAGGCCUACAUUCCAGAGCUCCAGAUCAGCUUCAUGGAGCACAUUGCCAUGCCCGUCUACAAGUUGCUCCAGGAGGUCUUCCCCAAGUCAACGGAGCUGUACGAAAGGGUGGCCGCCAACCGCGAGCAGUGGACCAGGGUCUCGCACAAGUUCACCAUCCGCGGGUUGCCGAGCAACAACUCGCUGGACUUCCUGGACGAGGAGUACGAGCUGCUGCAGGCGCAGGCGGCUCAGGGCGAGGACGUCCGCAAGAUGAACGGCUGCCUGGAACCGCGGGCCUCCCUGGAGGACACGGACGGCGAGGGCAACCAGUGACACCCCGUCCCCUCUCGCCCUGGAGAGAAGCACGCGUUCGAACCCAACACCUUGUAUAUGGAAGAGAUGGGAAAUACGCGUAACACCAUACACCGAUGCUAACGGGGACGCUGCCACGCGACAGGGACCCUACGGAAGACACGCGUUUGCAGCCCGAUCACAUGUCACGUGGAGCACGCGCGGGAAGGGCGCUUUUACACACGUGUUAAUAUUGUGCAUCCGUGGUAGGCCUCUCUAGCAUUACAGUGUGUGCUGUUGACACGUCAUGAUGAUGACUUUGUUGUCCGAGAAUGGUAAUUCCAGUGCUGUAAAUCUUGAAGUGUUACUUUGUCGCGCUUUCAAACGCCGAAACGUGGUCUCUUGAGGUUCUGUGUCCCGUCCCUGUACAGCAUGCGGAGCGCAGGCCGUUACGGGCGGAUGUCCGUCGAGGGAUUUGGGUCCCUCUUUCUGUGUGUCAAAAUGACCGUUUUUUUAUAAGUACAAUAAAUAAAUAAAUAAAUAAAUAAAUAAAUAGAAAGGGUGCGCAGUCGUAGAAUUUAGAACAUACCGGUCCAUUUCAAAGCUCCCCUUUGAAAUCAGCAUUAGUGGUUUGUACGACCUGCUGGUCCUCUUACUUUUCCUAUUACUUUAAUUCCUUUUACCUUUGACUUUGCUGGAGAAGGUAUUUUUUUCAAAAUUGUAAAAAGCGGUGUAGAAAGCGACAGCUCAGCCCCAACACCGUUAUCCUUCCCCUUCAUGGCCAUAUUUGAUUGAAUUUGGUUUUGCUGUGCAUAUAUCUGCUGCAUAGGCCUAUAUUCUUCACCAUGUUUACCAGCUGUGAGGUAGACAAUGGGGGGUGGGGGAGUUUAACAUUAACGCUUUGACACUUUUAUAAGCUUCCUCAAAAGGUUAAAGCAGCUCAGUGCACUGGAUUUAUGUUUUUUUUUUUUCGUUAAAUAUCUGUCAGAUUUACUUGCUUUGAGUUAGCAAAAAAAAAGAAGUACUGCUCAGUAUGACGAAAGCCCUUUAAAAGAACCUUUAAUGGUUGCACCAGCACGCGCCGCUCGUGUGUCUCGCGCCUCGCACAUCGCACUCCCCGUCGUCACGCGGCACCUCCGAACCGGAAUGUGGUAAAAGUCCUGCUUCUGGAGCCGCCCGUGCGUGUAAAUAGACUCCGAGGAAAAGGGCUAUGUUGCUCCCAGGCACCGCGGGCCUCAACGGAAGCCUGACAAAAAGUGUAUUACUGUAUAUUGAUUUGCCUUAUCAUGUCUGAGUUGCCUUUAGUAAGAAGUCUUACUGUAUAUAAAGCGCGUAUUCGCGAUGUACCAACAUACACAUCUUGUGUUUGCUCAGCCAGCGUGCAGCUCCGAAGAGGAAACCCCGGUUCAUUAAGAAAAUGGUGUAAUUCACAGAAGAAAGCAUCUUACGUUAACUUUCCAAAGUCUCAUUCAGCAUUUUUCAGACAGAAAAGACUACUGAUAUUUUUCUAUUGAUGCCAUCUGAUGCCACCUGUUGGUGGUCAUUUCAACUGGUGUGUGUGUGUGUGUGUGUGUGUGUGUGUGUGUGUGUGUGUGUGAGUGAGAGAGAGAGAGAGAGAGACACACACGCUCUGGUACACUGGUAAACACUGAAAGGCAUCACAUCGCAUCAGAGCCACAGCCAAACGUACUGAAAACAACGAGCUACUGUAGUGUCGGCCUUGCGAAUGCCCACACGGGUGCAUUGUGGGAUUGUUAG